AUGAAUUGGAAAGAUAUUGAGGCACUUGCGGGCUUGCUAGCACUCGUCUGUCUAUUGGGUUUGACCGGCAACAUCUGGGCCCAGAGUACUAGCGACAUCACUUCGACCGCCGGGAUAAGCAUCACCACUGAGGCUGGAGUUGCUGGCUGCUUGUCGGAAAACGAAGCUUGGGCCGAUCCAGACAUAAAUCAGUUCAAUUUCUGCUACAAUGGUGAAAAGCAGUCCUUGUCCUGCGAUAAGAAUACCUAUUUUGUAAAUAAUGGCACCGUUGCCGGUUGCAUACCUGCUGACGAAAUGAGUCCCAAUUGUGUUAACGAAGAUAUCACAGUGGGACCCUGCGAGGGAGCUAAUUUGUAUCAACCGCAGCCCAGCAAGACAAUUGGAAAUUUCUGGUUAUGCGUAGAAGAGGGUGCCGACCCAAUUGAGCUGUCCUGUGAGUCUGGAAAAGCAUUUGUCGAGAAGGAUGGCUACAUGGGCUGUUUCGAAUGGGACGAAUGGCGCACCAUACGCGACUGCGUAACCGAAUAA